AUGACAAGAUCUACAAAAUCUAUGCGUCCUCCGCCGACAUACGAAUCCAACGUUCUUCAUAGACUUCAUGCUCUGUUCGCACCUGCCCCUCAUCUCCAAAAUUCCAAUGCGGAGGAAACCAAGAGAAGUAACACGGAUGCUGGCGAGGAAGUGAAGGAGAAAAUAGUUGAUAGAGACGCCAUAAAGGUUAUGGUGGUGACUUGGAAUAUGGGAGAUGCUGUGCCCAAAGGGGAUCUCUCAGUUCUCUUCGGUAACGUCCCCCAAUACAGUCCUACUUCUCCAAUCGACGGACUUCCAGAUCUUGGAGUGGAAGAUUCACAUCCUUAUCAUAUCGUCGUCGUUGCAGGACAGGAAUGCCCAACACAUUCUGGUGUUCCUCGUGGUUUAGGAGGAGGUCUCAUGAAAGGUGUCAGUAUGACUGGUCAUCGAAAAGAUAAAGAUAAGGAACAGAAAGAGUUGACUGUGGAUAUGGAGAAAGAAGUUUCAGGAGAGUUGAAAUCACCUAAUGGAGAGUUAAAAGCUUUACCACCUCUGCCCAAAGGUUAUGAUAUGGAUGAAGGGAUAGAUGGAGAGGGAAAAUCAAGAACUGCUUCACCACUCACUCCGGGAGUACAUAGGUCCAGCAAAGGCUGGAGCACAAUGUUAGAUGAAUGGUUCUGCGGUCCCGCACCGGAAAUCAAAAGUGGUUUCUCCACUCCUGUCCUUACAGAUUGGACCUCUGGCAAUUCUAGUUCACCCUUUGGCCUUACUUCUCAACCACCCCAAAUGUCACGAUCAAACUCCGCUCCCACUACUCCCAAAAUCAGCUCUCCUAUGCUCAUACCUCGUCCAAACGCAACCCAUCAUCUUCCAUUACCUCUGGCUACAUCUCCUUUGGGUAGAUCUCAAUCAUCUCUCAGUUCAUCCGGAACAUCAAGUGAUGAAGCCGAAGCUUCAUACGCCAAUUUUCUCUCCGUUCCCAAAGACGCCUCUGGGUUGUUACCCCACAAAUUGUCAUCCGGAUCGUUGAGACAGAAACCGGAAAAACUGGGCAUAGUCAUUCCCCCUUCCCCAAACCCUGGCGCUAUGGGUGGGGGAGAGAAAUGCUAUGUUCAUGUGGUCAAAGAACGUUUGAUGGGGAUGUAUCUAUCUGUUUAUGUGUACAAAGGAUGUCAGCAUCUCGUACAAGGAGUCGACAAGGAUUUCGUUACUGCGGGAUUAGCAGGAGGCCGACUAGGUAAUAAAGGUGGAAUGAACUCUUCGGCUGAUCGAGUAAGUGGGAUAAGUUUGAAAUUGGCAGAUCACACAUUUUUGUUCGUGAAUUCGCAUCUGGCCGCACAUACCAGUCGUCAACAUGCUCGUUUGGCCAAUAUAGAGAAGAUCAAAAGCGAUCUUCGGCUGGAUUGUUUUUUGCCCAAAGACGAUCCCAGAGCGAACGAGAAAGAUAUUACGGAUAAGUUUGACACAGUCUUCUGGUGUGGCGAUUUGAACUUCAGAGUCGACUUGUCGAGAUUACAUGCGGAGUGGCUGGUGGAGCAAAAGAAAUAUGCCGAAGCCUUGAUGUGGGAUCAGUUGAGGAAUGCCAUGAUGAACUCUUCUUCAAACCCUUUCCCUGGAUUCCAAGAAGCGACCAUUGACUUUCCUCCGACUUUCAAGUAUGAUGUCUGGAAAUCUAUCAAGGCCACCGCGCGAGAACAACGAAGAUCGCUACGUCGGCGCAAUACGAAUGAAUCACCUCACAGACCCUCCUCCAGCGAACCCGGUACAAGACUACUUGAUCAUGUUCCCGAGGCGGAUGAUCAUGAAGAACUUGCUGGAGAAACGGAACCCUGUGACGAAGGCAACGUCACUGACAACUCUGGUCGUCGAUCAUACGAAUCCUACGCCAACUCCCGAACCAACUCCUUCAAUGGCACAGAUCCUGACGACGAAGAAUCCGACAUUGUACCCACAUACGGCGCAGGAGCUUACGGUUCCCGUCAUAGAGCUUUGGAAGCAGCGGUCAAAGUCAAGACCAAACAUUUUUUAAGUUUGAUCAAGCUAGAUGCCGUGUUGACCCCUCCGCGUAAAGGAAGAAGAAAAGUAAAUCGUGCAGAAUCAAGAGAGUUCGAGGAUACAUCCAGAAGAACAUCUGUUUCAUCUUUGGCUUCUGGUAAACAUUCCGGGGAGAUUGGGAUUCAUGACGAUCCGUUAUUUUCGACGUCUGGUAGUCCGGCAAAUGUGAUGAGAGGGUCAGCAGGGAUGAGUUCUGGCAGUGUGGCGAAAUUGAGUAGGUUGACUUCUCUCAAAAGGUCUGUUUCGGGGAGAGCGACGAGGAAGGUGGAUGAUGAUUGUGAUGAGGACGAUGAAGAGGUGGAUACGAGGGAAGGUGUGUAUGAUAGUUCAAAGAAGCAAAGGGUACCGAGUUGGUGCGAUCGAGUUCUUUGGAAAGCCCAUAUCAUUCCUGAUCCUUCUUCUUCGGAUCACCUGAUGCCACCCCCGUCCCUGUCUAGAGACAGAUUCUCACGUUUAUCCCAAGCCUUCACACACUUCGGAGAUCAUUUUCGUCCUGGACGUAGUACUUCCAUCGAACCCGCGCAUAUCGAUCGUGUAAGAAUCAACCGACCCCUUCCUCCUACUCCACCUCAUGAUCCUGAUUCUCCAAAUCAAUUCGUCGCUUCACCCAUUGACUCUACUCUCUCGUCUCGCUCACCAACCACCGGAACCGGUCUAGUACCUCGACCCAAACCUACUCUGAUGAUUAAAUCACCCACAAACGAUUCACCCACACCAAAAAGACAUCCAUUGUUGAAUGGAGAAAAUUGGAGUCCACCAUCUCAACCAUCAAUAACAUUUGAUCGAGCUUCUUCUCACGAUAGAUCUUUCUCUUCUCCUGUUAAUCCCAAUCUUAGGAGAAGAGCCAAUUCUGAUUUAUCCCGAUCAGCGCCUAGAUCUCAAACUAUGAUAUCACCCAGUAUAUCCGCAGGUCCGAUGGAACUUGGUUCUCCCAUUCACACAGAAGCAUCUUCAAGUCAUCUAAGUCCCUUCGUAGAUCGUCCCCAUACAAAUGGCGCGUCAUCGGAAUAUGUAACUUCGAAAAGUUCAUCAAACCAUAAUUGGAGGAGGACUCAAACUAUCGGAGUCAGUCAUUUGGGUCAAGAAGGACAUGAUGAUCGAAAUAGUUUUUCAAGAUUUAUCAAAGAUAUGUCAAGACCUAGUUGGUUAAUCCCAAGAGGAAAUCUCGGACCGGGGUUGUCCCGUCAGACAAGUCAUGUGAUAGGAUCAGAAGAUGGGAAAGUGAAAAGACAUCAAAGAGGUGAAGUCGUGUGCUUGCAUUAUGGAACUAUUGAUGAUGCUGGAAUGAGACAGUUGGAAGGUAGAAGUGAUCAUAGACCUGCUAUAUUUUCUUGUGCUGUUUACGUGUAAUGACCAGUGUAUAAGGAAUCCGAUAGGCGGAGAUGGGGAAGAGGCAGAUUGUGAAGAGACUUUGGACAUAAGAGUGAAAGAGUCGAGUGCACGGUCAGAUGAGUCGAGGAGAAACUCAAAAUGAGACGAGGAGAAGGAUCAGGGAAGUCGAGGAAGACGGGAAAGAUAGAAUGGAUUGACGGAAUCAUGAGACUGUAGCGAUCUAUACAUUAUUUUGAUUUAAACGAUUGAACGAUUACCCCUUCAGGGUAGAAAUAGAUGCAUGUCAUAAUUGUC